UAAGAGCACUCCCAAAGCACUGGGUACUCAGCACCGAGCAGAUCUGUUCUCUGAACUAAAAAUCAUGUGCUGUAUCAAGAGUUUGUUCCUGGCUGCUUUGAUGUCAAUGCUGCUACUCCACCUCUGCGGCAAAUCAGAAGCAGCAAGCAACUUUGACUGCUGUCUUCGAUACACAGAUCACAUCCUUCAUCCUAAAUUUAUUACGGGUUUCACACGACAGCUGGCCAAUGAAGCUUGUGACAUCAAUGCUAUCAUCUUUCACACAAAGAAAAAAUUAUCUGUGUGUGCAAAUCCAAGGCAGAUCUGGGUGAAACAAGCUGUGCGUAUCAUCAGCCAAAGAGUCAAGAAGAUGUAAAAAUUGUGGCCCUUCUGGAAUGGAAUUGGACAUAGCCCAAGAACAGAAAGAACCUUGCUGGGGUUGGAGGUUUCACUUGCACAUGAUGUCGGGUUUAGUGCUUAUCUAAUUUGUGCCUCACCGGACUUGUCCAAUUAACAAAGUUGAUUCAUAUUGCAUCAUAGUUUGCUUUGUUUAAGCAUCACAUUAAAGAUAAACUGUAUUGUAUGUUAUUUAUAGCUGUAGGUUUUCUGUGUUUAGCUAUUUAAUGUUAAUUUUCCAUAAGCUAUUUUGGUUUAGUGCAAAGUAUAAAAUUAUGUUGGGGGGGCGAAUAAGAUUAUAUGGAUUUUUGCAAGCAACAAGCUAUUUUUUUUUUAUAAAAACUAACAUACUUUUGUUUAUAUUGUUGUAAUUACAUUAUAAAAUAAGGAAAAUGUUAAGACAAAUACUGACAAUAAAUAAAAAAGUU